CCGGAAGUGACGUUGUGAGGCCUGGUUGUCCCGUGGUGCAGUGCGCUUUCUGUGCGGCGUGUGGUAGAGAUUCUCGGCAUCAUGGUGAAGCUCACGUCCGACUUAGUGGAACAGGCAGCGCAGUACACGAACGCCGUGCGGGACAGGGAGCUGGACUUGCGGGGUUACAAAAUCCCAGUCAUUGAGAAUCUUGGGGCCACACUGGAUCAGUUUGAUACAAUUGACUUUUCAGACAAUGAGAUCAGGAAGGUGGAUGGAUUUCCUUUGCUAAAGAGACUUAAAUGUUUAUUACUAAACAAUAACAGAAUAUGCCGCAUUGGGGAAGGACUUGAACAUGUUAUACCUAAUCUCACCGAACUGAUCCUCACAAAUAACAGCAUUAUGGAACUGGGUGACUUGGAUAAUCUGUCAACUCUUAAGAAUCUCACUUAUCUCUGUUUAUUAAGAAAUCCAGUCAUCAACAAGCGGCAUUACAGGUUGUACGUAAUUUACAAAAUACCACAGGUCCGUGUGCUGGACUUCCAGAAAGUCAGACUAGCGGAGCGAGAGGAAGCAGCAAGUAUGUUCAAGGGCAAGCGGGGUGCACAGCUUGCAAAGGAUAUUGCCAAGAGAUCAAAAACAUUCACACCUGGUGCAGGUUUACAACUAGAGAAGAAAUCUGGACCUUCACCUAGUGAUGUUGAAGCCAUCAAGGCUGCCAUUGCCAAUGCUACAACCCUAGCAGAAGUAGAGAGGCUUAAAGGAUUGCUGCAGUCUGGUCAGAUUCCUGGCAAAGACCGUACUCCUGGCAAUGAAGUGUUCAUUUCAGAGGAAGCAGAGGAAGAAAUGGAAGAAGAGACAACUGUAAAUGGGUCCUGAGUCCUCUUCUUUUGUGAUGUUUAUUUUGAAGACUAUUUGUUUCCUUGUAAAUGUCUUUCUGUAAAUUACUUCAAUAAAAAAUUUUGUAUUUUAAUG